CUUCUCCCGUAGUUUCAGAAGAGAAUUAACUCCCAGUUUUAAAUUUUCCUCAGCCCACUGUCAGUAUUUGUAUUUUACUUGAAGGGAAGAGAGGACGUCAUCCGUUCCCUUUCCUCGGAUUUGUGGGGGAUGGGCUCUCUCUCUCGGCCCAAAAUCUCCUCACAUUAUUGCGUUGCAUUAUCUUCUAUUCUUCCUUUUCCAUACUUGCCCUUCAGACUAGAGUACGCACACAAUGAAUUGAAACGGGGACCAAAAUAUUUGUAAAGGCUAAGGUGAAGGGGACCGAUCCGCUCGUUUGUUGGUUCCUUCAUUCAUGUAUACACACUUGAGAGUGUUUUCCUUUUCCGUGGAAAGAAAAAAAGUGAGAAAAGAGAGCAGAAGGAGAAGAGAUGUACACUACAGUAGUGGUGGGCGCGGGGAAAUUAUAAAGAUGGAAAGCAAACACUAACAUGUGGCGGUGGGAUGGGAUACUGGCACUGUCACGUGGGGUUUGGCAAAUUAAGAUGGGCUCAUUAUCGGCUGACAACAACAAUGACCGUAUCAUAUAUCGUUAUCUACACUCCCCAACGCGGUAUUCAGUUAGCCUUCCCGUUAGGAUUCAAGCUAACGCUUGUUGAACGUUUUUUUCUUUUCUGUGCUUUUAAUUCCAAAGCUUGUGUUGCUGUCACCAAGCCACCCAACCCAUUGGCUCUGUUUAUUACCGGACUACUCGAUACUGUGUCGUUUCCGUCAAAUUUACGUUAAUUGUCGUUUUUAUGUCUGCUCGAUCAGGUCAAUAUCUAACGGAAUCAGACGAAGACACAUGGAGCCCGGCGGCGGCAGCAGCAGCUGGUGAGCCCGAAGACUGCGAGUUCACGUACGUCUCCGACGUCCUCCGCGCUUCCAGUUACCUACCGGAAGACUCCGACGUGUUCCUGCUGCUGGAGAAACAGCAGUACCUCCGAGGGAAAGACACCUCCAAGAGUUCUAGACUGCAGAGGAGGCUCAUCUUCGACACCAUCAACGAAAUCCUGGAGAAGAAGAGACAGCUGCCUCCAUGGAAGGCCGUUGCUUCCUCCACCAGCUCGUCGGCGAAGAGCCAGCAAGCAGCGUCCCUGAACCAAAUAUGGUCGGAGUUCCAGAGGAUGCAGGCGAGGGAAUCGUCGCCGUCGUCGGCGGAGGACUUGUUCGAGGUGAUCUGUGGCGUGCUGAGGAAGGACCUGGCAGGGGAUGCGGUGAACGGAUGGGCGGAUUCCCCUGUUGAGAUGUCGGAAGCGGUGUUGGACAUGGAGAGGCUAAUUUUCAAGGAUUUGAUCGGCGAGACCAUCCGGGACGUGGCUGCUUUUGCCGGCAGAUGUGCUCAACCGGCCUUGGCCGCCCUCCCCCGCCGGAAGUUGGUUUUCUGAAAGAAAAUGAUGCCUCGGGCGGCGGACCGUACGUACUAAGGUUUAUUGCUUUCUGGAUUAAUUAGUUAGUUAAAUUAAAUAGCGCUUUCCUUGUGGGGAGGGGGUCGGGCCCCAAGGCAAAUCUAACGGCUCGCUCUUCCCAUCCCAUGUGUAGACUCAUGAAGAGAGGAGGAGGAAAUGGGAAAGAGUGGAUAAACCCCGCAGAUUAAUUUAAUGAUGAUUUACCACUUAACUAGUUGGUUAGUAAUUAAUUAAUUAAUUAAUUGAUGUAGCUGGUGUGUUGUGUGUUUUAGAUGUAAUGCUGGAUUGAAAGCACAAGUUGCGUUUGCUGAUAAAGGAAGCAAAGCCAAUUAGCUCUCUCUUUUCUUUUUGGUAACAUGGGUUUUUUUUGUGUGCAUAAUAACAAUAGUAAUAGCGUGGUAGAGAGAGAGAGAGCAAUGAUUGCAGAAAAAAGGUUUAUGGUCAACAGGGAAGGGGUGUGGGGGUUCUGAGUGAGGGUGGCAGAAAGUGUUGGUCACGUUGGGUGUUGGGUGGGGAAUGGGGCAGAUGGUGUCAUCAUAGCAUCAGCUGGUGCAGGUGCAGGGUCCAGGAAAUUUUUGGCUUUGGCCGCUGCUGCGCUUCAAUUUUCAAGGUUUCACUUUCCCACUUUACAUCGCAUGCCAUGUGGUAGUGUUUUGCUUCUGUUCACGUCACGACUAUUCUUUGCCUUGGCUGGUCCAUUGACGAUGAACGAUGAUUAUUAUAGCAGAAAGGAGCAUCAAUUUGGCCCCCAAUUCAGUUACAACCCACAAAAGUCUUUGCCUUAGCCUUCCUUCUCCGGAUUUGCAAUUCAUUCAUUUGAGCCACGAACUCCAGUUGUUUGCUUCAGUAUAAUAACUUCUACCGGUUUCUUCUCUUUCUUUCAAUCUCUUCAUCUCAAGUUUUGAAUCCAAGGUGUAACUUUCCAUCUCUUUCUUUCUUUCUCAUUCAUCUGCACACCAUCCAAACAACACAUCACACCAACACAAGGUUAGACAAAUAACCCAGAUUAAAGAUCAGAAAUGUCAUUCGUAUGACUCGAAAUUAUGACAUCAUACAAUGGGGAGACCUUAGAGGUGUCAUACCACCACCAAAAUUGUUUGGCAAUUCAACUUGGUUUGUUUAGGUAAACUUGACAAAGAGAUAAACGGCAAGUAUACGAAAGCAUCAAAAGAUUAAUCAAGAGAUAGAUUACAAUCCUGUCCAAUAGAUAAAAAAUAAUAAAGAGAAAAAAAUAAGAUCACGAGAAUUCAAAUGAUUGAAUUGAUUAACGAGAUCAUGUAAAUAAGUAAUAUCCGAUCAUAGGAACUAGUCAUAUGAUACAAGACACCUUUUUGACAAGAGUAACACUAUGAAAUGAAUUAAUAUUGUAGAACAGGUUAGAAAUGAAAGCCACUGUAUAUGGCAGGCAGAGCAGUUAUGGAUGCCAGCCAGUUACAUAUCUGGUCAGGCCUCAGGAAACAGAACUGAAGUAAUCUACUUUAACCCACUAGUCCUAAACUCCCACAGGAGGACUGUAAUUAUUGAAUGCUUGCUGGGAGCUAAGCUAGAGUGCGAUGUAGACAACAGCCAGGCGAGGCGAGGCCCAGUUUAUUUGAUUGUUGUGGAUGUGGUAGGCGGGCCAGUUCGCAGUGACAGAGCUAGGUUGAAUCUAGAAGGUUGUAACCUUUUUUUUUAUCCUUCUUCCUAAUUACGAUAAUUCGAAUCAGCUCUUUUUGUUCGAAUUUCCGACUCCAUUACUGCCGAAGCUAAUCUCAUCUCAUCAUCUUCUCUCCUUUUUUUUCCCCCUGGGCCAGGGGGCAUGGAAUGGGAAUUUCAGAUGAUCAUUGAGCCAGAGUGUGGAGGAGGGCAGCAGAAGCACAUGGUAUCUCCUGUUUGUUUACUCGACUGUUGUUAUUAUGGCCUGGCCUGUGGGCUGUGGCUGUGGCUGUGGGUAUCAAUUCUAUUAAUAAUGUGUUUCUUGGGGU